AUGUCUGACCACGAACAUGACACGGCUCGUCCGGAGUUCCAUCAUCCGGAAGCCACGCAUGCCAAGAAGAAGCGCCCCAGUAUAUACGCGAUCGAACCGAUCAAAGCACUCUACAUUUUCGCUAUUGCGAAUUUAAUAUCGGCCGUGUUUGCACCGAUCCAGGAUUGUGACGAGACCUUCAAUUAUUGGGAACCCGCUCAUUAUCUGUCCCAUGGCUACGGCUUGCAGACAUGGGAGUACUCUCCCGAUUUUACCAUUCGAAGCUGGCUUUACAUCGCUUUGUAUGCAAUUCCGGGAAAUCUAAGAAGGAUCCUCCCUCACCCCAACAAAUUGGCCGAGUUCUACUUUAUCCGAUAUGUCCUUGCCUUCCUCUGCGCUCUGUGCCAGACGAUCCUGUACCAGGUAGUCAGCUCGACAAUUAAUGGCCGAAUUGGUGUUUUCUUUCUCGUGGCAAUGGUCACAUCCCCUGGAAACUUUCAUGCUAGCACGGCAUUCCUGCCCUCUAGCUUUGCCAUGUAUAUGUGCAUGCUUGGAGCUGCUGCGUUCAUGAACUGGCGGGGCGGCCUCAAGACUGCCCAGGGCAUCUUUUGGUUCGCCAUGGCCGGGAUUCUGGGUUGGCCAUUCGCCGCUGCUUUGUGUGCUCCUUAUGUUAUUGAGGAGUUUGUUCUUAUGCUGUUCAGCGACCAGGCAUCCCGUUUCGAUUUUUUCAUGAGAAUAACCCGGGGCGUUGUUUCUGCCGUGCUCCUAUUGGCUCUGGAUUUCUUCGUGAACUUGUUCUUCUACAAGAAACCGGCCAUUGUCACUUGGAACAUUAUCAAAUAUAACAUUUUCUCGUCCACUGGAGGUCCCGAGUUGUACGGGACGGAGCCAUGGUUCUUCUACUUGAAGAACCUAACACUAAAUUUCAACAUCUGGUUCAUUCUGGCCCUUCUGGCUUUGCCUCUCUUUCUUAUCCAGAAACUCGUGGCUCCGUCGGCCCAAGGCUUCCAGUCAGGGCUGCGGACCGUCGUGUUCGUUGCGCCAUUCUACAUGUGGUUGGCAAUUUUUACCGCGCAGCCGCACAAGGAGGAGCGGUUCAUGUAUCCGGCGUACCCUUUCCUGGCACUCAAUGCAUCACUCUCACUCCAUAUCAUAUUAACCUGGUUUGGUAACUCCAACCCGUCGACGCUUAUCGGCAAGGUGCCGGCAAAGCUGAAACUUGCAGCCGUGAGCCUUGUGUUCAUUCUUUCGCUGGAUGUCGGUCUGGCCCGUAUUUAUGGCAUCUACGACGCCUAUUCCGCCCCGCUCAAGAUAUAUGAGCCGCUGUGGGGAGGCGAGGGCGGGAAAGGCGCUGUAGGCUCGGAGGGUGAUUUGGUUUGUUUCGGCAAAGAGUGGUACCGAUUCCCUUCAUCAUACUUUUUGCCGAGGGAGAUGCACGCCAAAUUUGUGCGCUCUGAGUUCCGUGGCCUCCUACCCGGGGAGUUCUCCGAAGCUCGAAUUGGGUUUGGCUUUUGGAGCGGCACGUGGCUCCCCACGAACGGACUCAACGACCGAAAUGAGGAAGAUUUGGGCAAAUAUGUGGAGGAGCGCAUGUGCACCUUCAUGGUAGAUACCCAGUAUCCCCUCCGGACCGACCCCCUGCCACCCAACGAGCCGGAUUACAUUGCCAACGAGGAGAACUGGGAGAUUGUCCGCUGUGAAGCAUUCCUGGAUGCCGCCAACACUCACAUCUUGGGUCGAACUCUAUGGGUUCCGGAGCUGAGCAUAAUCCCUGACAAGUUCAGGCGGAAAUGGGGUCGGCAUUGUCUACUGAAGAGGAAGAGAUAA